AUGAAACAUGGAAUUGUCCUUGUUUCGCUCAUCAUGAGUAUGUUGCUAACAGUUACUACCUCUGUGUCCUUUAGCAGAUCCAUAUCAGUAACCAAGCCUUCACCAUUAUCAACCAAGCCUUCUCCGCCAUCAACCAUACCUUCACCAUCAUCAACUAAACCUUCACCACCAUCAACCAUACCUUCACCGUUUGCUAACACUUCACCGCCAUCAGCGAGACCUUCACCAUCAUCAACCAUACCUUCACCGUUUGCUAAAACUUCACCACCACCGAUCAAACCUUCACCAUCAUCAACCAAACCUUCACCAUCUGCUGGUAACAACAACGGCGGUGGCAGUGGUGGUGGAAAUGACAAUGGUGGCUCCUUUGGAUUUGGACCUGGUUUUGUCAUUCCCGGUUUUGACAACACCAUUCCAGGAGGAGGAUACGGAGGUGGAUAUGGUAGUCCAAGUGGAGGGAGCUCCAUAAAUGGUGUUAUUGGACCAAGUGUUGUCUGCAAAGACCAAGGACCUUGUUACCAGAAGAAAGUCACGUGUCCAGCAGGGUGUUUUUCAUCUUUCAGUCACUCCAGCAAGGGAUACAGUGGCGGCGGUGGAGGUGGUAGCUGCACCAUUGAUUGCAAGAAGAAAUGCAUUGCAUAUUGUUGA